AACAUUCCCGCGGGAAGACAAGAAAAGGCCGCACUUUUACUCAUCAACUUUUUUCCUUUUUCCGGCCUAUUUACCCGUAAUUGCUCAUCAUGAAGGACGUGCCCGAAGUGCGAGCGAGUGAGAUCACCGGAGUCUUAGAAAGACUCCUCCUAGACAACAAUAAGACAGCAGAGUCUGUGGUGGUGGAAGGGGAGCACCUGAUCCUCUCGUGCGAAGCUUGCCCAGAGAUCCUCCUUUCAGCCAACAAGCAAAAGCCAGAGAUCAUCCUCGUGCAGAAGUUCACUGAGCACAUCCGCCGUCUAAUGAGUGUUGAUGACCCUGGACUGCUUAAUAACAAGAGCCAGAGCAAAGUUAUUGGUACACCAACCAAAGAAAAAUCUUCAGGUGAUGAUUUGGACGUGACUGGUUCACCUCUGAGAUGUCCCUUCAUGGUGGAUGAUGAUACUACAGACUUCUCCCCCUUCACUGUCAGUCUCGCACCAGGCAAGAAGAGAUCGAAGGGGGAGCUCUCGUACACACCCAUCUCUUGCAAUAAGUUUGGACUCGUUGCUUCGAGGAUCAACUUGGCUUUGUGUAAAAUUUCGGUUGAGAGUGACGACUGCACUCCUCUGUGGGUGGUGUGUGAUGGGAAGGAUCCACAGGGCACCUUCUUCAUUGGACUACACAGAGUAGGUGAGCUGGUUUCCCGAACACUCGUGACCUCGGCUGGCCCUUACGUUGGGUGUGAGGAGCUGCCUUCCCUUGACCACCUCAAGAUCCACCACACCUCCACCUUCCCCACCAAGAUGGUGGAGAGCACAGUCACAGCUGCGUAUGACAUCCUCUCGGGGGAGGACAGUGAGCGUUCCAGCAUCAAAUUGACUUGCGCCUGGAAGAGGCCUCUCACCCUUCUGACUCCUCCAGCUCCCAAUGCUUCAACUGAGGCUAAUGUAGUGAUUGUGCCCAGCGACCAACGCAGCGCCGCCCACCAGAUGCACCAAGAGCUGAGCGUCCUGCGGGGGUUUGUGGAGGGCCUGAGCACGGGCGAGGUGGCCUGGUUCAUCAGGGAAGGAGACAAGACGGUAGCCGAGCAGAUUGAAGACGUCUUUGCUAGCGUCAGGGAGAAAGGCCAGCGCCAGAAAAAGGACGAGGAAAUGGCAUCUGACUGCGACAAGAAGGUGGAGGAGAAGUUCUUUAGUCGCAGGCAGAACAUGGACUUCAUUGACCUCCUGUGGUUGGUGCUCAUGAAGUGUGAAUCUUAUCAGGAACUCAAGGAGAGUCUUGACUUGAUCUUCAAGGCAGUUUUAAUGGGUCAAGUGAGGCCACAGAUUCAUGUUCGGAACAACACACAGGUUGGAAACUUGGUGCGCAGUCUGAUGAGGGGCCAGGCUGACCUGCCCGAGCUGACAGGGCUCAUGCCUCUGAACAUGCUCAUUGAGAUGGGCAUUGAGAAGAUCAAGAAGGACUAUAUCAACAUAUUUCAAGUGGGUGACCUGGCCACAGGAGAGCAGCUGUCGUGGUUUGUGGGCUACACUGACUGCAUGAAGGAUGCAGUGAUGCAGCUAGAGAAGCUCCAUGUGGCCCUGCAGGUUGUCGUGCUCCUGCACACCUACCUCAACCUUCCAUCCUCGGCCCUCGUGCAGUUUACGGCACAGGCUCUGAAUCAGCUGAAAGAAGGCCUUUCAUCACCUUACUCAUUUAGCUUCAAACUCUCCACCUUCACUGUCCAUCAGCUACUCAAUAGCCUGAAGCCCAGUAUGUGGGAACUGGUCCUGCAUAGCACACACAGCACCUUGGAGAAGACGCUGGUUUGUCAUGUUUCACACCGUCCUCUCAUCCAGCUGCCGAACGCAUCUAAUGAUUUGGAGGAGAGUGCAGCUGACUGCGAUAAAGAAGAGCCGGAGGGUUUUGAGGAACGCCAUUUCUGCACCUUUAUCACAACGGUCACAGACAAAAUACUGACUUAAUACUUUCUGUUCACAUACCUAAGCACAAUAUUAACAUGUAUAGGAAGACCUUUUAUGUCUAGACCCUUCAUGUUCAAACACCUUUUAUUAUUAUUAUUAAUGUUUCUAUUUCAUUUUUUUGUUUAUGGUAACUGGGACUGAUCUUUCUCUCAACUGUGGAAUGUGAUACAUUAUUGAGUGGAUGCGCUUUUAUGGAUUUAAUAAGCCAGGAAUGAAGAGACAAAAAAGAUAUAUAUUAUAUAGUUUCUAACCCAUGAAACAGUUUUCUAGCAUGGAAAAUUAUAUAUUUAUAACAUUUU